AUGCUUUUGAUUUUGGAUUUCGAUGUGGAUCAUAUAUUGACAGCGAAUAGAAUUGAUGAUGAACAUUCAGAUGAUGAACAUUGGUUCUCAGAUGAGUCUGAAGGUAUAUUGUUAUUCAGUUAUUUGUAUGGUUUUAUAAAUUUUUGCUGAGUGCGAUGCGGCCGAUGCCUGUUUGUAUCUAGUUGUGGGUGGUUGUUUAAAACUCUUUCUCGACAACCUGUCUCGUAUUACAUUUCGAAUUCAAUUUUUCUAAUAUAAAUAUCUCGGCGAGUAUUUACCCCCCUUUUAAAUAAAUGCCACCAUUGAAAUCCUCACAAUAUAACCUUUCGAACGGGGGGUCAAGUGCCGUCAAAACAUUACACAAACCGAAACAAUCAUAUAUUUUAUACUCACUGCUUCGCCAAACAUUCAAAGGAGAAAAUGAGAAAAAGUUGAAUAUAUUCUAAACUUUGGUGUCAUUUCCUGAAAGGAUAUGUGUAAAAUACUCUUUGUAUUCAAGCGCUUUCGUGUAGAAAGUUUCGUAUGUAUACGCCGAAUAGAAAUAUUUAUUUUGAAUUUUUAAAGUAUCGGGUUUUACUAGCACGCGCUUGUAUUACGUAAUACUUGGCCAAUAAGGAGCUCCCUUUAGCCGGGAUGACGUAAAACUCACGCGUAUGGGUGCACUUUGACCUGUAGAAUCCAUUUCUGGCAUUUCCAGAGUCACGCGAUACAAGCGUCGCAUUAUUUUGACGGUUUUUCGUCGUAUUUCCGGUUGGGAUUAACGCAUAUUCGGAGCAGAAAUACAAAAUUCGGCACUAAAUGUCGAAUUUUAAAGAUAGAAGCUUGAAAAUAACACUAUACGUGUUAUUUUUAACUGCUUCAUACAGCAAGAUUAUCAGAAUGAGCGUACGUCUCAAUGGGACGAAGUUAUAUUCGGCGAAAGGUAUGUUUAUGUUUAUAAUUUGUCAGUAAUAUUGCGUAAUUUGAUCAUAUUUAUUCAUAUACGAGCUCGUUUGACUUUCAAAGCUCAUAAAUCGCUAUAAUGUUGCCAUUCACUAAAUCUAUCGAUAGGAAUGAGUAGCUAUCGUUACACUGAAUCGAAUGGUGGUAUUUUGGUCCACGUAGCAUUUACCGAACUGAAGAUAUGAACCGCAAAAAUGAUAAAUCUUGAGUGAUUUGUUUAAUAGGGACCUGUCGGGAAAGAGUUAAAUGUGCAAACUGUAAUUUAAUAUUUUUUUUAAAAUUUUCAUCUAAAUAUUGCUGUUUGUAUAUUUUUGCUAAUUUUAGAGAUGACAGUGUAUCAAAUAAUAAUUUCCUUGUUAUGAUUUUGUAGAAAGAGAUUUACUUGAGUGGUUGGCUGGUCUUGAACCUGUUCAAGAUGUAUAUGAUAGUGAAAGAGGUGAUCAAGGUGAUAGGCCAGAAAGUGAUGACAAGUUAAGUGAUGAAGACGAAAGUGAUGGGGAGGAAGAAAUUGCCCACUCUGUACCAUUCAAGUGCAUCGGUGCUGCUCAUGAGAAAAACUACUGACAUCAUUUUGAAAAUUAAGGCAUAAUACCUCGCUCUUCAUGAACAAGAUAAAACAGUCAAUUCAAUGUAAGAAUACGGCCAGCACCAUUGAAUCCAAGGGACCCAAGUGCAAUGGUCAAUUCCAGCUUUUAGGUGAUGCAUGCAGGGGGUGAUGGGAAGUAAGGUUCAUAUUGCUGAUAAUGCUAAAAAAAUAGAAAUGGUGGCCAUGUAAACAUGGAUAGAUAGCUAUUGUAAAUAUUGAAAUAUUUUGGUUGUUUAGGGACCGAUCGUUUAUUACGUCUCAGGGGGGGCGGUGGUUUUUUUUAAAACAUUAUCAAUAAAAUAUGCACCCCCCCAUAUUUUUUGGAAAUGAAAAAAUGACCCCCCUGUUCAACUAUAUAGAUUAAAAUUUAAAAAUAUACCCCCCCCCCAAUUGCACUAGGCAUUUCUAGGCAUCAAACCUCAGUGCAUCAAAUAUUCAAAUUAUAAGGCCUCGCGAAAUUGCUAAUUCAAUAUAAUAUCGAGUCAUAUAUAAAAGCAAGAUUGCGUAUUUUGGCAUUCAAUACAAAACAGGAAAACGUUAUACAAAAAUAUCAUAUUAAUGAAUGAUAUAAACAUGUAAAAGUAAAAAUGCAAUAAUAUUUAUAUAUUAUUAUAGAAUGUAGAUAAAAAAUACCUUUUUUGAAACAUUUUCCGCCAUGUUUUUUUUAGGUGUAAACCAUUGACUGCAAUCAUUCCGUUCAGCGGAGUCACUAAGGGCCUGUUCAUAUGAUCCCGCUUACCAGGACGUCUCGCUUACCAAUGAUCUCGCCGCCUAUCUAUUUUCCUAUAAAAUUUUGCAUUGUGUUCAUAUGAGAAAGCGACCUGGCCCGCUUGCCGAGAUCUCGUUUGAAUUUGCCGAGAUCAUAGGUAGGCGGGAUGCAAAUUUUUCCAUAUGAACACGCCAGCCCGCUUACCUGGAUGAAGUCAAACAAGUCUUGCCGGUUUAAUUUAACACUUUUUACUUGGUUUUAUGUUUGUUUUGUAAACAAGUAUUAAAUAAGCAUCUGAAGAAAUGCUUUUUCUUGUAAAUAAACGAAGAAAAACACUAAAAUCGCUAAGUAUUUGUGUUGCUUGACUGAAAUGUAGAAGUUUUGCAUACGCUAUUAAUUAUAGAACUACAAUGUAAUUUCAUCUCGGCAAGCGGGACGAAAUAUUCCAUAUGAACGCACGGAAAUAUUCGUCUCGGUAAGCGAGACGUCCCGGUAAGCGGGAUCAUAUGAACAGGCCCUAAAAACCAUUGAACUAAACUUUCAACUAUAAAGAGUUGAAUGCUAAGAACUAGAUUCCAGUCUUCUCUAUGCAAAAAUUGCACACAAUGGCGCAAUCUUGCUUGAUUAGUUUGUAUUUGUUUUUCUUUUUUUCAAAUUCAAAAUGGUAGAUAUAUUUUGAAUUUAUCUCAUAAACCAAAUAAAGUCAUUUUAAUAUGUAAGAAUCGUUUGCAAUUUCAAAAUUUAACCCCCCUCUUUUCCUUUCGGGAAACAAAAAACUACCCCCCCAAAAUAACCAUAUUUAAAAAAUUAACCCCCCCUCAAAAACCACCGCCCCCCCUGAGACGUAAUAAACGAUCGGUCCCUUAGGUAGUUUAUUAAAAUUUUUCAGCAUAAUCAGCAAUAUGAUACCUUACUUCCCGUCACCCCCUGCAUGCAUAAAUUAAAAGCUGGAAUUGCCUAUUGAUCUAGACUAUGGAACUGUAUGGACACAUGUUGGUUAUAUUGCUUCUGAACUAUGCAAGUAUUUGCACCCACUAAUUGCUGCAGAUGUCGUGGAUUCUAUGUUCAGUGUAUCAAGUAUAGGGUUGACUUUUUUAAUUAAAAAUAGGAUUUUAUCCAAACAUUUUCAUAAACACAUCUGGGGCCAGUUGUUCAAAGCUGGGUUAGCGCUAACCCUGGGUUAAAAUUUAACCUGCUGUUUUAGUUUGUGUACUUCUACACAUAGAUCUGUGUAUUUCAAAACUUCAGAGAAGUAAACUCCUAUCGAUCCAGACAAGAUCUCUGAAGAAAUAUUUCCAAAUUUAUAGAAAAGCUGUCAGGAAGUUUGCUUCGAAUUUUAGGUUAACCAUGGGUUAAACUAACCCAGCUUUGAACAACCGGCCCCUGAUGAGUGGAGACUCGAGUGGUAGGAAAAAGCAUGAGUGUAUGUUGACAGAUGUUUUUUAUAUAAUAAAUAGCAACUACCAAGCUAUGUUUAGCAAGUUAUUAGUGCAUUUAUUUCAAUUGGCUAACUUUUUUAGUUUUUUUUCCAGCAUUUUUUAAACAAACCAUAGGCUAUGAAUGAUAACUGGGUAUAUCUAAUUAAACCAAUCUGUCAUGUACAAUCAUGCAAAUAAGACUAAGCACAUAAAUAACUGUAAAAAAUGUACUUUAGUAAAUAAAUGAAUAUUUAUUCAUACACUUGACCUACUUUGUGAGUAUUUUUUCAGAUUAAAAUUAAUGCAACAAUAAAACAAGAAGAUGUCUAUUUAUAUAAUAUUUAUUAAAUUGAUCAGAGAUCCCACUUCAGGCUUCAGCUCAGAAACCACUGCCAGCAGGGAAAGAUCCCACAAUAACAUGCCACUUUAGUAAUUUGUUAUAUGAUACAUAAAAACUUAUUUUAUUGCUUUAAAACAAGUGAAGCUCUCUGCUGGCUUGAAAUGGGCUGUUAUGACACUGAUUUGUCCAUGCUGAGGAUUCCGCAGCUCGAUUUGCCACAAAAACCCCAGUAUCAGGCGAUCAGCUCGUCUUGAAAUACGUACACGAUCCAGUUGCGUCGGCCAAAGACAAUAAAACUUUGAAAAUCGCACAGAUAUAAAUUCUAAAAAAAUAUUUAAACAACUCCUAAGUCUUCUAAAUAAUAUUUUAGCACUUUAACAAAAAUUCAUUGAAAAUAUCAUCUUUGAUGGCGCAUUUUCUUUCCAAGGUAUUAGACGCCAUUUUAGCGAACGUCGAGUUGACAAUAGUCACUUCAACGGUCAAUAUCUCGAAAACUGCCGGGGGAUCACCGGGAUCAUUCCAGCAGAUUUAAAGCUUAUAUAUUUUGCUUGACGACUACCAAAAAUGAAGAAAAUCGAACCAUGGGAAUUCUAGAUAUUUCAUUUUAAACAUCGUAAACAUAUUUAGACUUGAGUCAACACGUCGCGGGGAGUCGACUAACUUCAAACAUCAAAAUAACAUUGAAAAUAACAUUUACCUCAGAGAUUUUUGCAGAUAUCACCAGAUCUUUAGCAGUAGUACUACUACACUUGAAAUUUUGCAAGAAAAUUUUAAUAUUAAUAUUUUUUUCCGAUUUAUUUUCCGUUGAAUGCAAAUUUUUCUGUCCAAAUUCUGCAGAUAACACGAUGGAAAAUAGAGCGAUCUCAUUGGUCGAGAGCUCACGUGGCAACUCGCUAAUUGCUUGUCGUACCUCCUCUGAUAUUUGUGCAAGAUAUAAUAAUAUUCAAGGUAAAAAAUACUAUCAGUUACAUAGGUAUACCAGUGCAAUUUCAUAGAUAUAGCCUGUGGGAUAACAGGAUCAUCUCAGUAAUAUUUUUAAUUUAAUAUUUAAAUUUUAUGAUAAUAUUUGUAUUUAUAGUAUGUAUAGUACAGUUCAUACUGCAGAACUUCUUCUUUAUCGUAUAGAUAAUAAUAGAUUUAUAGAAACAAUUGUGACAAAAGUAGCUUGGCAAAUACAAAAUAUUGAGAAACUAGCACGUAUAAGUAUAAACUACACGCGUUAUUAUUGCGCCUUUGGCUUUGAACAAUUAUUCGCCAAGGCGAGGCCGUGAUUAUCGGGGAAUUUGUAGUCUCCCUCGCAGCCGCCAGUUGUGUCAAAUUUGACCAAUCAACUUGACAACUUGUAGGAUUUGUUAUAUAUUUAUUCACUUGCGCAAAAAUACUAAUAGUACUAAUACUAGACGGUAUUGUUCAUCUUUGCAUAAUAGUUUACACCGGUUUAGCGCCUGCCUAAAUAGGCUGUGUUUACAAUGCAUUUUGUCUGUGUCAGUUUUAGCUUUUCAUAAAUGUUUCAGCCAUACUGAACACGAAAACUCUCAUAGUCAUCAUACUUUAUACAAUACGAAUGUAUGAUACAUGCAUUAUUAAUUGGUAGUACUGAUUACUUUAUGAUAAUCUACUAUACAGGGUGUAUAAAAAAAAACGCAACCUCGGAAUUUCCUAAGAAAUCACUUUGCAAUUCUUAAGCAUAAAAGAUUUUACGCCCCUGGGAAUUGAAAUCGAAUUGCUAAUUGAUCAUAUUACUGUUGUUGUGCAUUAAAUAAAUGCAUAAAUUUUGCUUUAUGCACUCGCGUGUGCAGUAAUUUUGACAGUUGUGCUAUUUUAAAUUCCCAGGCGCCUAAAAUCUUUUGUCUUUAAAACAAUGUCGAUUUCUUGGGAAAUUCCGAGGUUGAAACUCCUACCAUCGGUCAGUCAACGACAGAUGUGGUCAACGAUGUCUGUACUGAGGAUAAGUCAUAUUCCAAAUCAACAGUCGGUAAUCCCCAAGAAUUACUGUUGGAAAAGGAAAAGAAGAUUCUGAGAAUUCGGUGGAACUAUGUCAGUGACACAUUUAUGUUCAAUUUUCAGCGAAUUGUCCAAGCAGCUCGAGAACUUGAGCCUACGAAGCGAAAUGUCAUUGGCAUCAUAUCUCGUUUCUAUGACCCGUUGAGAGUUCUCGCAUCCAUAACAGUCAAAUUAAAGAUGUUCUUUCAGGAGCUAUGCCAAUCUAAAGUUGAAUGGGACAAAGAAUUAUCAAGCGAACUAAAGAAGAAGUGGGAGCAUCUUAUCCUAGACUUGGAAAAUAUAAAAUCGACCCUGAUACUGAGAUGUUAUCAAGCGGGAAUCGAAGAAAGGGUUCUUUCUUACAGCCUCCAAGGAUUUGGCGACGCAUCCCUUAAAGCCAAUGGAGCUGUUGUUUAUCUGAAAAUGACUAGCUCACUUGGAACAUUUAUAAGAUUUGUUAUUGCCAAAACAAGAGUCUCUCCAAUUAACAAACAAACCAUUCCAAGAUUAGAAUUUCUUUCAGCAGUCAUACUAGCAAGACUUAUUUCAACCGUUACAAGGGCUCUGAACGAAACCCUAAAGCUUGAUGAUCCAACCUGUUGGACUGAUUCUAAGAUAGCACUGUACUGGAUACUUGGUGAAACCCAAGAAUGGAAACAGUUCAUUCAAAAUCGUGUCGUUGAGAUAAGAAAAUUGGUACCAUUGAAAUGCUGGAGACAUUGCGCCGGAAAAGUAAAUCCUGCGGACAUUGCUUCUAGAGGAGCAACCUCUAGAAGCAGGCGCACUUCAAACCUGGUUAAAUGGUCCUCAAUGGAUGUUCAAGGAUAUCGAAAUCGAGGGAGUUGA